AUGUUAAAAUUUUUUAUUUUUAUUUUACUUCUAUAUUUAUACGUUGAUUUUAUAUUAUCAAACGAAGAAAAUAGAAAUACAAACAAUGAUGAUUCGAAAAAGAAUGAAAGCCCCACUUUUAAGGAGAAUGAAGAUGCAAAAGUUAUCUUUUAUAUGCCUAAUUCUACAAAAGACAACCAACAAAAUGACAAUGAAACAAGAAGAGCGUAUAUUAAUGCAAAUAAAGGAACUCAAUCAAGCUCAUUGAAAAAUUCACAAAAAAAUGAAGGAAAUGAAAUAAUAUAUGAUAAAAAAAUACAUUCCAGCUCUGAUGAUUCACAUGAUAGUUUGGAAAGAGAAAAAUAUAGAGAACAACAAAAAUUACAGUUACAGAGAGAAUAUAGUGAAUUGAGUGAAGAUGAUGCUAGAAAAUUUAGAGAAAGAAAUCAAAAAAGAAUGAAAGAUAUGAAAACAAUUUUAAAAAAAAAAAUGGAUAAAAAAAAGGAUUUGAAAAUAAAAGGAUCUCAAACUACAAUGUAUAAUUUAAGUAAAGCAUCACAUUCUGGCGAUUCAGUGGCAGGAAAUAAAUCUGGUACUGAAUCAGAUAGUGAAUCAGAUAGUGAAUCUAGCAGUGGAUCUAGCAGUGAGUCUAGCAGUGGAUCUAGCAGUGAGUCUAGCAGUGGAUCUAGCAGCGAAUCUAGCAGUGGAUCUAGCAGUGGAUCUAGCAGUGAGUCUAGCAGUGGAUCUAGCAGCGAAUCUAGCAGUGAAUCUAGCAGUGAAUCUAGCAGUGAAUCUGAUGGUGAUGUACAACAAAGAAUUAUACCAUAUGGGGCACAUAAAGAAAUGAAUGAAAAUGAUAGAAAAAGAAGAUAUUUAUCUAAUUUAAAAAUAAGAUUAGGGGGAGGAAAAGGAAAAUAUGUAGUAAACAAAGAACUUAAUAAAGAAAAAAGUAUACAUCAUGGCACUAAUGGUUCUAAUGGUUCUGAAAGCUAUGGAGGAGGUAGUCAUGGAGGAAGUCACGAUGCUAGCUAUAGUAUACAACAUGGAACUAAUGGUUCUAAUGGUUCUGAAAGAUAUGGAGGAGGUGGUUAUGGAGGAAGUCACGAUGCUGGCUAUAGUAUGCAUCAUGGAGCUUAUAUUAAUGGAAAUAAGAAAAAUGACAAGAAAAGAAUUGAUGGCAAUAAUGAGAGUGAAUAUGAAAUUAGAAGAGGGACAGAAGAAGGUAAUGGAAAUAAUAGUAGUAUUAGAUCAGAUAUUGAUAAAGAAAAACAUGAAUUAGAUGAUAUUCAUAGUAAAAAAGAAAUGAAUAAUUAUAAAGGAGGUGAUAAUGAGCAUUUUAAGAAUCGUGCUUAUGAAAUUGAGAAAGAUCUGAAUUCAGGAGCAUAUUCAAGGAGCAAUUUAAAAGAUAAGAAUCAAAUAGAAGAAGGAAUAUAUAGAGCAGAUAAAAAUGGAUUUAAAUCAUCUGAUUCCAAAAAUUCAGGUAGUGAAGCAAUGGAUAGCUAUUGUGAGGAUAAUGGGCAAGAUAUUUCAAUAAAAGAAAAAAUGUAUAAUUCUCGUGGAGAGAUAGGAAAUCAUGGCUCAGAAGAUGUAAAUGGAAAUGAUGCAAAUUUAAAAUCUAAGUAUGAAAAUGUGAACUAUCAUUUUUCAAGUUAUAUGAAUUAUAAUAGUAGAGAAUUUUUGUCAUCAAAUAGUUUAGAAUUAAAUAAAAUGAUUGGAGAUGGUUUUUUAAAAGAAAUGAAACAUUACUGCCGCCUUAAUGCACCUUCACAAAAAACUGGAAAUUAUAUUGAAAUAUCUUUUGAGUUUUCUAGAGCAUUAGAAGAAUUAAGAAAGGAAAUGAUAGUUAAUUUAAUGACAAAUAAACAAGUAGGAAAAAAAAAAAUUUAUAGCAUUUUACAUAUAAUUCAGAACUCUGCAAAUGAUCAAAACUCAUCCAAUAAUAAUCAAAUAUAUGAAGAAGAUGAUUUUGCUACUAAAGCUAAUUUUUUCCGAAAUGAUAAUGACAAUCCGUUAAGUGCAAAAUACAACAAGAUUAUGGAACAAUAUCUAUGUCAUUUAUUUAUGAAUAACCCAGGAAAAAAUUUAUUAGAUAAAUUGUACUAUCACAAUUUAGCUUUAGGAGAACUUAUAAAGCCAAUAAGAAAAGACUAUAGAAAUUUGGCAUCUAGCUCUAUUAGUUUCAAUUAUGAAUUAUAUAUAGCAUCAUCAAACAAUAUUUAUCUCUUAGCACAUAUGCUACUAUUAUCUUUGGCAUACCUUUCAUUUAACGAUUAUUUUGUUUCAGGAAUCAAGUCCUUUUAUUCAUUGGAAACACUUAUCUUGGCUAAAUCUGAUUUUACCUUUUUUAUGCUUAACGAAAUGUGUAAUAUUUAUUAUAAACCCAAAAAAUUUUUUAAAAAGGAUAUAACCUUUAUUCCCAUUGAAUUGAGACCUAGAAGAUUUACAACAUUCAUUGGUGAAAAAAAAAUGACAUGUGAUUUAUUAGAAUUAGUACUAAAUGCUAUUACACUUAUAAAUAUUUAUGAAUUAGAUAACACUUUUAGCAAUAAUGAUAUUUUAGGAUAUGAAAAUUCUUUAUCCUUUUCAGUUAGUGCAAUAAGAAUAUUUUCAAAAGUAUGCCCAAGGGUAAGUUCAUCUAAUAUGUUAAAGUGCGAAUUUGAAGAAUCCUCCUUAUAUAAAAAAGAAAUUAAAAAAACAGACAUAAGAGAAAAAGAAAAUCAAAAGAAUUUAAAAAAAGCUUUUGAUUUGUUAAGAACAUUUGCUGAAAUAGAAAAUAACUCUUCUAAAAGUGAACCAAAUCAUUCUUAUGUAAAACUUAUAAUGGAGCAAAAUAAGUAUACUGAAUUUUACAAAUACUUGUUAUGGUAUGAUAGUAGGCAACUUAUAAAAAUAAAUAAUUCACAAGAAAAUAAAAAGAAAGAUAAUAAAAUAAAAUUUAUAUAUGAUGAAUUCGUGAAAAGAGGUGAAAGAUUAAAAAAAAAAUUAGUUGAUUCUGAUUCAAGUUAUAAAGUAAAGAAUAAAGCAUUAUCAGUUUUUUAUGGAUUAAUUGACAGAUAUGCGAGUUUUUUAACUAAAAGUGAAAGAAUAAAGAAAUUAUUUUUGAAUGAUGUAAGCUCCAUUCGCCAUUAUUUAUAUUUGAAUGGUGUACAUUCUACAUCAUCCAAAUCAUAUUUAGAAUCUUCGAAAAAAUUAUUAAUACAGUUAGAAGAAACGACAAAUUCUCCUUUAAAAUUUAUUGUUAGAGGAAAUUAUAUAGAACAUUUAAAUGAGAUUGCGAGAAAUGAAAAUUUGUUUUACGUAAAUUUAUUUAUAUUAUCAGUUCUUUCAGUGAAAGAUCCUGUUUCAUAUUAUUAUAAUGAAAAAAAAAAAAUGCAAGCUGUAACCCUUUCUGAAAAGUUUGCUUCCUCAACGUCUACACUAAUUCCCCAUAAACUUCGUAGAUUAGUAGUAACUUUAAAAAAAGGUAUUUUAAAAAAAAAAUUGCUUACUACAUUGGCUAAAAUAAAAUUGUUGCAACAUAUACCUGCAUAUUUAUUAGAAUAUAUUACUUCAUCCAUCCGUUUUACUACACAUACUAUUGCGACUAUGCAAAUUAUUCAAAACGCUAAACUAAUGUCAAAAGAUAAACUUUCUCAGAAUGAUAAAAAUGUUUUUUUUGCCAAACAAAUAUUUACUAAUGGAGGAUUUCCAAGUUAUGCUGAUAAAUUAAUAUCAAAAUGGAAUUCAGAAGGUUUUGAAGAAUAUAAAAGAAAGCAAAUUGAAAAUCAAAAAAUGGAAAAUUCAGUUGAAAAGGAAUUAAAGGACUCUUCAAACGAAAAUAUGGAUGAUUCCAUGGAAAACGAAGACACCAAAAAAAAAAUGGAAAAAAAAGAACUAAUAGAACAAAAAGAAAGAGAAAAAAAAGAGAUAAAUUUAUUUUUUAGCGAAAAUGAUAAAUGGGAUCUAUAUUUAAAUAAAGAAUUAGCAAGAACUCUAGGUUUAUGGUUGGAUCUUAAUUCUAAUUCCCCUAGAACCAAUGGCUUUGUUCAUAAAUUAGUAGAGGAUAGCAAAUUUCUAUUGGAAAGUAAUAUUGAAGAUAAUAUAAUAUUUUCAAGAACAGUUAAACCCACUAAACAAACCGCAUUUAGAAAAUUUUUUAAUAAAAUAAUUUCUCUUGGAAAUAUGCUUUUAAGGAAACCUAGUUUUAAAGUAGAGCACGCGUUAUGGUUUGGUGCAGUUAUAGACAUAAAAAAGGUAUUCAUCUUAUUAGAGAAAGUAAGUGAAUUACAUAAAUUAAUGCACGACCAGGAGGGAUCUUGGUUGAUUAAUGAAGCAUUUAUUGAAAUAGUGGAUCAUAUAGUUAAUAUAAGUACAUAUAAACAUUUACGAGAACCCUUUGGUGUAGCUAGAAACCCAGGUAUGAUGGCUAUAAAUCCAAGGUACGCCACUUUACCUCACGAGGAAAGACUUAGAGAAUUUCAAAAUUCUAUGUGUGCCGAUCAAUGCUCCUCAGUGUGGAAAGUUAUUUCAUCAUUUGCAUUACAACAUAUGAAAAAUCCUGAUAGCUUGAAAACUUACGAAGAGAAAUUUUCUAAGAAUGCUUUUGGAAAUAAAAUUAGUGAUAAAGACUUUGUUCACAGUUUUAAAAUGAUUAUUGGGGGUGAUGCUGCUUUGCAUUAUUUCGAUAAUAUGCUUUCCAAAUCAAUGAAGAAGGAAUUAAAAGCCAUGAAAUAUGGUGUAUCUUUGACAUCAGCAUUUUCACUUAAGUUAACUAAAAUUAUUCUUACGCAGAUGCAAUUACCUUACUUAAGUCAAAUGUUUUAUGUGCAAGCUCCUUAUUUUGGUCACUUUAUUGGAAAAUGGCAAAGGGAAAGACAACAAAGUAGAAUGAAAGAAAUAUUAUCAUUUAUGACACUUGGGGCUUUGUCUGCUUACACAAUGUUAAGUGCAAUGGAUAUAGCACAACAUGCUAAUGAUAUUGGAAUGGGCCCACCUACAAGUUGUUUUGCUACUACUUAUCCACCACCAAAAACAUUAUGUUUUCCAUUAGAUGUUAGCACUACAAUAGCUAAAUCAACUGAAACUGCUAUGAAAAGUGUUUUCUCUGUUGGACUUUUUGCAUCAAUUGGUCCUUAUAUGUUCGUUCCUAUGGCUGGUUUAGCUGUAUGGAAUAUUUUAAAAUCAGAAUUCAAAGUUCUACAAAGAAUUGAUAUGGCUUUAAAAAACGUUUUUAAAAACUUAUGGAAAAAAUUUCUAUCAUUAAAAGGAAUAUCCAAAUUAAAAAAUAUUUUUAAGAGAAGGAAUAUUAUGAAAAAGAAAAUUAUAGAAAAUGCAGAACAUAAAAUGAAAGAAAUGAAAGAAAACCCAGAAAAUUUUGAAGCUCAUAAAAGGUCUAUAGAAAAGAUUCAUAACAGUUCUAAAGGAGGUUAUCAUUACAUAUCCUAUGCUAGAAUCCAGAUAUAA